GCCAUACUGUAAACAUACUCUGACGUAUAAUAGUGAAAUAGACCCUUUGACAAAAUGGCCGCCGUUCAUCACUAGAAUAUAUUUUUUGGACUAAUUGCCAAAACCUAGUGCGUUCCAAUGAAAACCUGUAGAGAUAAGCUUUUAUCAAAUCUGGACGAGAGACAUGAAUGGUUGUUGGAUGGCUCGUAUAUCAUGAUCGUGUGGUUACUCAAGACCUCCUGUCUGUAAAGGUCACGUGGAAAAUCAAGUAUGAAAUAAACGAGGCUCAAAUGCUAAAAAAUGGAUUCCCGUCUUUUGAUAUCGAUUUUGGUUAUUGCUUUCUUAAUGAGCCGAUCGUCUAAAGGAAUGAAGGUCUGUUAUACCAAAUACGGCUGUUUCUCAGACGAUCCGCCUUUCGAUAACGUCAUGAUGUCCUUGCCCAACAACCCACAAAACAUUGCGACAGAGUUUCUUUUCUACGCACCAAACACCACUAAUCUUCCUCAAAAGAUUCGCGGAGGACUAGAUUCUAGUCUAAAAAUCAUCAUAAUAAUUCAUGGCUUUCUUCAGAGCGGACGCGUUCCCUGGGUACAAGAGUUACGAGAGGAAUUGAUGAGAAAAGAAAAAAUGAAUGUAAUCGUGGUGAACUGGGAACGUGGGUCCAGUGCUCUAGGUACAUACAAUGCUGCCGCUGGUAACACACGUCUUGUAGGGUCCCAAUUGGCUGAGUUACUGCUACGUCAUGAUUACGACAUGUCUAGAGUUCACGUGAUUGGUCAUAGCCUUGGUGCGCACGUGGCAGGUUUUGCUGGAGAACAAGUAAGGAAGGCAGGGAAAACGAUAAGACGAAUAACAGGUUUGGAUCCAGCUCGUCCCGGCUUCGACCACGAUGAAGCCGUCGGGAGGCUGGACCCUAGCGAUGCAGACUUUGUUGAUGUGAUUCACACAGACAGCGGAAGAAACCUUCUAGAGGGGGGAUUGGGACUGCACCGUCCGUGCGGUCACGUGGAUAUAUACCCCAAUGGAGGACAGUCGCAACCUGGAUGUGAUUUCGUCGAUAACUUGAACGGUGUUUUAGACAAAAUUUCUAUUCUCAGAGGGGAAUUUCCUUUGCCAUGGGUGUUCGCUUGCGACCACAUGAAAGCAAUCAGCUACCUUAUCAGCUCCAUCAACAAUAACUGCUCGCGCCUGGCCUUCCCGUGUAAAGACUGGAUAUCGUUCACGAAGGGAAAAUGCUUUAACUGCAAAGGUGCAUGCGCAGAGAUGGGAUAUAACGCUGAUGAGUCUGCCGUCCAAAGGAAUUCCUCACAGAAGUUUUAUCUUUCUGUAGACAGCAAAAAGCCGUAUUGUGCUCCUCUGAACUACCUAUCUGUGACUCUUCAUGACUUACGAUUUGGAAAUGGAUUGCUGGAUUCUUUGACAAGAAAGAAAAUUAUCAUUAGAUUGACAACAAGAAAUGGCAGCAAAAUGUCCACUGAUUACAGUUAUGUCGAAGACAAUGUCAGCGAACUGAGUCGACUUAUCGUCAGUGACAUCACAACAGAAAGUUUAACAUCCAUAUCAAUUUUAUUCUAUGGGCGAACAAUGUAUGUUGGCCGUGUGACCGUACAGGGACCUGGAUACAAUUACACAGCUUGUUACGACACGUGGAUGCAUUCGUUCUUUUAUUUCUGGGAAUAUACCAAGACCCUACAUCGUGGAGAUCACACCUGUCCAGACUGAGACUGGCAUAGAGAAAAUUUGGGAGCGGACGAAAAUGAACACUUGAUCAUGAAUGGAAACGAACACUGGAUCAUAAAUGAAAACGAACACCGACUUGAUCAUUAAAGAAUACCUAACACUUGCACAUAACAGAAUGAACUUACUAACAAGGGUCGUAAUUUAMCUAUAAUUUUACGCAUAAUCUAAUAUGAUUUUUACAAGCCUUCCUAUCAUGGAAAGUUCAUGCUGCUGUUCCAAACCUUCACAUAGACUACUGUAGCUUCAAACCACACUUUCGAUAUUGUUUGAAUGGUCCCACAGAAAAGAAUUCAAAACGAGGCUCCGGGGAAGAAAAUUGAUUUUGUAUUGUUUGCCACAAGCUUUUC